GUGUGUUGGAGCCAAAGGCUGACAAAGUGAUGGAUGUGGACGUGCGGAAAAUGAAGUGUGUUGUUUGACGGAGCCACGAUGAAGAGGACGAGGACACACACGUCGGACAGAGGCGACAAUUAAAGCCGCCAUGUUGCGUGGAGUCUUUACGGAAGUCUUUUUCAUCAGUGGAAGUAUGAACAUGGACAGCAUGGUGGAGGUUAGCGCUCACUGACUAUUUCACGCGUGUGUGUACGAGAGUGUGUGAGAGUUGAAAGAGUUUUGAUGUGGACGUUAAGUAGUCCACAGAGGAGUAGCGGCAUGGACAGUGACGUGGCGGCGGCACACGCCGGGACACUGUCCUCCUCUCUGGACACGGAAGACGUACACUCCUUCAAGCAGGACCCGCUGGUGCCGCUCAUGGACACUUUGGAGCCCGCACGGACUAGAGAAGCUCCUUCUGGGGACAAACUCAUCUUCUCCACGGCGGCUGGGAUUAGAGACUCUCAUGCCGAGAACCACCUGGAGCCUCCUCCCACGAACCCGGUACCGGUACCGCCGCUGCAGGGUCCUGCCGGUCACCGGACUACCCCUUUCUCUGUUCUGGACAUUCUGGACCCAAACAAGUUCACUAGUCGGCGACAUGACAACCACCGCGGUGAGCAAGGCCAGGAAAACCGGAGAGGAUCCAGUGGAGGAUCCAGCGGAGGAUCCACGGGAGGAUCCAGUGGAGGAUGCGAAGCGGGCCUGGAGCCCAACGGCGACGCAUAUUCGCAGGGUUAUCACAAAAACUUUGGCUACAGAAGUCCAGAUGAGGACGUCUACAACGAAGCUGGUACUCCAGACUCCGACGCACCAGAUGGGCUUUACAGCAGCGAGGAAAGCAGUUCGGCUCUGCAUUUCAGCGGGGACAGAGAUGUUGGCCAGCAGAGCCCUCAGGACCCCAGCAAAGACUCAAAAAGCCCCAGAAGAGGCUCUGCGGGUCAGCUCAUCAGCGUGCAGCCUAACGGAGGCCACAGUGGGCAAGGAAAACCUAAACGGAAACGCUCAGGCACGGACUCCAAGUCGGGCAAACCCCGCCGAGCACGCACUGCCUUCACCUACGAGCAGCUGGUGGCGCUGGAGAACAAGUUCAAGUCCACUCGCUACUUGUCUGUUUGCGAGCGGCUCAACCUGGCGCUGUCGCUGUCCCUCACCGAGACCCAGGUCAAGAUCUGGUUCCAGAACCGCCGGACCAAGUGGAAGAAACAGAACCCCGGCGCAGACACUUCGGCUCCCACCAGUGCAGGAGGCGGAGCAGGCGGGGGAGGAAUGGGCGGCGCUCUCGGCGGCCUCAGCCCGCUAAGUCCGUCUCCCCCAAUCAGCGGGCACCUGGCCUUACACACCGGCUACGCAACCGGACACCAUCACCCUCCUGCGGGCAGCCUGGUCCAACUUCCUUUCCUCACCACCAGCCAUGUUCUGUCUCCUUUCAUGCUGGGGACGCAGAGCUACGCUGCACCUGCCUUCUACAGCUCACACCUGUAGGUAGACGCACCUGCACGAGGACACUCUGAGCCGAGGGACUGACGUGUUUCAGCCAACCAACAAAUGCUGAUUCAGCUCCUUUUUAAGACAAAGCUUUAAUUUUGAUUGUUUGGACUGAAUGUGAAUAUUGUACAUAUUGGAUUGCCAUAGUGAGAAAAUAUAAAAUGUUAGAUACGGAAUGAUCUAUUAUUAAAAGUACCGUGUUGC